AUGUGGGAUCUCUUCCUGGAUGGCUGUUCACAGGUUGACCUGGUCCCCUACCGCCCUUUGCGGGUUGACCUGGUGCCCCUUGGGUCUCUUGGGCUAACUUCGUCCCCACUCUUCCUGGACGAUGCCAAGGUGAAGAACUUCAUCACCUGCUUCAAAGACGUGAAGUUCCUGGCCUUCUUCUUCAAGCAGCUGCGUCGCAACCACAGCGGGCGCUACGAGGCCGACUUCCCCUACGUGUCGCUGUGCGGGCGCGAGCACAACUACGUGCGCUGCGACGACCGGCCCGUGGUCUUCACGCAGCUGCUGCGCGGCGCCGACGGGGCCGAGCUGCUCUCCUACUGCGGUGGCGGCGAGCGCCUCGUGGAAUCGCUCCCCACGUGGCUGCACCCUUCAGGGAUGCGGGGCUGCCGGCACCGCAUGCUUCACCCCGAAAAUUGGCUUUGCGGCAUUUUCCGGGUCUCCCUGUCGUUCCCCCCACCCUGGUUUGGGGACACCACCAAGGACCCCUACAUUGGGGCAGGACCCCCCGGGGCCCACCCGUAG